AUGCAUGCUCGUGGGCUGCAUCGCCACGCAGAAGUGAAAUCCGCACACGCGGGUGAAGCUCCUGGUCAUGAAAGCCGCUGGGAUCGGAAUGGGUAUAAUAGCAGAGUAGCCUCCUGCCCCUCCCAGCUUCAGCGUGUUUUGUUCGCGUCCGGCUUGGCCAAGAUGACCGCAUUAGGCUGCUGGCAGCAAUAUUCAGAUAAAGUGAUCAAGCCUGAGGGAAGAGCGGAUUCUGAACGAUAUGGUAGUUUAUUGACUGCGCUCGCAAACUCCUUAUUUGAUGGCAAGACAGAGGUCGAAAUUCUAGACAUUGGCGGUGACGGCACCCCAGUUCAAUCGAAAUGCCUUUCCAGUUCGGAGGAAAUUGAGCAACACCUUCAAGGCGAUCGGCCAGCAUUUAGACUUGUAUCUUUGUCAAAGAAACACUCUCUGAAGCCGUUUAUGAUCGAAAAGCACUCCUUUCUGAAGGUAUUAACAACACACAAGAUUCGCCCUUGCUUUCUCGACAUGUUUUUUGGCUUUAGAGCCCAGGGUGAGCUUUCCGAAAAAUCAUUUGGGGUUUGGUCUCAGCCUGCGUGGCGAGGCCAGAGCACAGUUAUCUGCUAUCAGUUUCGAUACAUCGAGCGCAAUGAUCACAAGCAGGGCAGCCGAUGGUCCGAGCGUCAAAUUGGCGUGUACCAUGAGAUCUCCUCACAUUCAGAUAAUUCAGGCGUGAUGAUUCUGCUUCACGCAAUGCCUGGUUCAAAGGUACAACGACGAAUCUCCAAAGAACUCGCAGAUGGCACCGAGAGGGGCGGCCACGCCCAACGAUUGCGGCCAUUCCAAAUGCAUCUGCUUAUCUUUUCAUCCUACCUGGAUGAAUGGAGGUGGUACCUUGAUGAAAUAGGGACGACCUGCCGCGAGAUGGAGGACGAGAUCCUGACGGCAGAGCUUAAGCACGACCAGAGCUUGAGUUUUAGUACUUUGCAGACUCUGAGGCAUUUGGAAUCAAAACUUAUAACAAUGGUCACCAUCCUCAGAACAACCGUGGAGACGAUCGAGCAAGUGGCAUUGCUAUGUGCCGAUUUCGAGCAGAACGAUGGGUCGCAGAUUGUAGCUCGUACCAACACACCCUCCCCCACGGUCCUGAUACAUGUGGACACCAAGAAUCUGCAGGACCUUGCACGACGGGCACAGUCGUAUAAGGCAUCCGCGAAAUAUAUUCAAUCGCGAGCUGAAAAAUUGAUUGACACUAUGGCGUCAACCAAAAAGGCCAACACACAGCAGCGAACAUCAGUGAAUCGCUCCUAA